AUGAGAGGUCGGCUGGACGUUUCGUAUCUGCAGCUACAACCGUCCCAGCACGGUGACCAGCAACACUUGCGGAGAUGGUUAAUUUGUGAAGCACAUACUUCUAUCGUCAUUUGUGGCUGGGAUAACUCUAAAUGGGUUGGUUGGGCGUUCGUCAAUGCGCCUCGGGAUCCUUUCACGCAAGACGAUGAAGAGGCUGACGAUGAAGGAAACGAAGGAGGGCCAGAUGAUGAGCCUUUAGUUCUGGAAGAGGAUUAUUUCGCCGCUGACGGCAAUGGCCACGCAAGUACAGUCGAAGACGCGAACAGGCCUAUCUGGGAUCCCCGACGCUACUGGUUGCGCAUCAUUGAGCUUCGUAUCUUUAGAGCCUUGGAAGAGUGGGAUUGGUGCAUUCGCUUCCUCGAGAGGGGCAUAGAAGCGCUAAAAGACAAACAUGUUCAUGAACUCACUAGCGGUUACGCUGCCAAUGACCAGCCCAUGAUCGAGCAACUAUUCAGAGAAACCGUCACGACUAUGCAGAUCCUGGGUAAGCUGCAUCGAACCAUCAAGAGAACCCUACGCGUAUGGACAGCAUUCACAGCCGCCAGCGGAGACUACCGUUACUUCUCCGAGCUGAAAGAUCCCGGUUCUCUCUCGGCUUUCAAGAGAUUAAGGGCUGCUUUCAUAUCAUUGGACGAUCUGCAACAUCGAUUACAUUUGCUUGAAAAGACCUGCAAAGAGUCUCAGACGAUGUUCCUGUUCUACCAAGAGCGUGUCAGUGAGACUCAUAGUAGCAUCGCUGUGCAGAGAAGCUACGAGACGAAACCUCGCACGAAUGGGGAUCUGGCCGUGGUCCUUCCGAAGCUGCGACCAGGGAUGAAGGCUGGUGAAGUGGCUGCUGAGCUGAUGCAAAAGUUUCCGAAAGACGACCCACUCUUUAUCCUACCCUUUGUGGAUGGCGUUCACUUUCGUGUCUUUCUCAAGGUCACGUCCGUGCCACGUCUUCUUUUGCCAUACACCUCGUCUCGAAAGAGUUCCUAUGGCUCUAUCACACUUCCCGCCGUCCCACAUGACGCGACCAAGAAGCUCGUCGUCGAGCUCUCCUCCCCGAACAUCACCAGCGAGUUCCAAGGAAAGCACCUGCGGAGCACAAUCAUCGGCGCAUGCAUCGGCCGGUUAUACGAGGCGAUGGGAUGGGAUGUAACACGCAUCAACUACCUCGGCGACUGGGGCAAGCCGAUCGCGUUGUUGUACGUUGGCUGGUCGAAUUACGGCUCGGAAGAGGCGUACGAUGCGGAUCCGGUCGGACACCUGCUGGAGGUCUACCACAAGAUUGAAGAAGACUUCAAGCCGGAACAGGCGGCGAGCAAGGCGGCGCGUGACGAAGUGGCGAAGGAAGGCGAAGAUAAAGGCGAAGCGCAGGCCGAGAUCGAAAGCAAGGGCAUCUUUGCAGAACGCAAUGAGGCUUUCAAGAAGCUGGAAGAGGGUGAUGAGGAGCUUGUGGCCUUUUGGAAGCGCGUGCGAGAUGCCAAUAUCGACAACUACACCAAGUUCUACGAGCGACUUGGUGUGCGCUUCGAUGAGUACUCUGGCGAGUCGCAGAUUAAGCCUGAGACUAUGGUGGAAGUCGAACAGAUGCUGAAGGAGAAGGGGAUCUCGGAGGAGAGCGGGGGAUCUCAGAUCAUUCACAUGCAGAACAUAGGUGCGAAGGCUGGUACGGCCAUCAUUCGCGACCGCUCCGGUAGCAGCACGUACCUUCUCCGAGACCUCGCCGCGGUGUUGGAGCGUUCGAGGAAGUACUCGUUCGACAAGAUGGUGUACGUGGUUGCCAGCGACAAUAGCGUCCACUUUACUCAGCUCAUCAAGGUGUUGGAGGCGAUGGACAUGAAGGAGCUCGCCAACAAGCUCCAGCAUGUCAAGUUCAGCGAGGUAUCGAAAAUGGCGGCGACGCUUGGUAAAGGGUACAAGCCGCAGGGUAUAUUGGACGCAUGUGAGGAAGCGAUGACUGCGUUGUCGGAAGCCGAUGCCGAGAAGCUCGAAGUGGUAGGUGGGUUGGAUGAUGUCAGGGAAGGACUGGCGACAUCGUCACUUCUCGUGCAAGAGCUCUCGACUCGUCUGACAACAACACAUGCCUUCGAUACCGGCGCGAUGGCUGCCUUCAAGCUUGGGUCGGGCCCGGAUCUGCAGUACUGGCUGGCCAAGCUCCGCCAAUUGCUCAAAGGCACGGACGCCGCAGCUGAACUCUCGGAUGAAGAUUACGAAGUGUUGGCUGAAGAAGACCCGGCCAAUCUUCUGCGCAUUCUGGCUCAGUACACAGAGGUCGUGGAUGCGACCUACCAUUCGCUCGAGCCGGCUGGUGUUGUUACUUAUCUCGCCAGUGUGACUGAGCAGCUUGCCGAGUGUCUUCCUAAGGAUGCUGAGGGUGAUCAGGAUGCGAAGGUCACCCCCGGUUUCGCUGCGCUCUAUGAAGCGACUGCUGUCGUGCUGGAAAAUGGCAUGAAGUUGCUAGGGUUGGCGCCCAUCGCGCAGUCAUUGCCGGAGAGAGCGGAUACGCCGGUGAUGGGCUGA